AUGUCGAUGCCAUACGGGUCCUACAUGACGUACACUGUGGUAGCCAUCGUAUCGUACCUCGGCUACGUCCAUCUGACCCGCUACUUCAGGAUCAAAGCGACCCAUCUCGCCUACGCGAAGCGCCAUGGACUCGCUCGACCGCCUCCACUGCGUCGUGGACGUGAUGGCCAUGCACCGACGCGUGAACAAUACCCCAUGACACCAGCAGAAGCUCAGGCUAUCUUGACUCCCGGAUCCGAGUUUGAUAUGCCCUUUACAAUCACCAAAGCGCUUGAAUUCGCCUUAUUCCUCGUGAGUCGCUCGUGACCUCUAGCCGUGGUUUGCGGGGACCCCAGCGCUCGCUUUCAGCUGAAAGUUUCAACCUCCCCAAAGACUUGUCAACCUGAAAGCUAGCUGACCAAGCACAAAAGAAGGCACCUUGCAUCAAAUAGAUACUGACCAUUCCAAGUGUACGUUUCUCCAUCUUGGCGUCCAUCACAGACCUACGGCAUCGAGACCAUCUCUGACGUGCUGCUCAGUUCUGCCGAGUUCACCGACAUGGACAAAGCUGGUCGCCGGUGAGUAAUAUGUCCCUACGACGAGGCGGGUGCUUAUGUCCUCAAUGUUCAUACUGAUGUUUGUACGUUCCGUACAGCUACGUCGAUACGAGUGUACUAAUUGGCUCAUUUCUCCGGUACCCCAUGGUCGGCCCUGGCUCAGGAGUCGAAUCAGCCGGACCGCUGGACCCACGAGGAGCCAUCGCGAUCGCUCGCAUCAAUCUUCAACAUUCCCACUACAAGGCCAUCAUCAACAGCGAUUUACUCUACACCCUGUCGACGUUCAUCCGUGAGCCGGCCCUCUGGGCCCGUCGCUUCGAGUGGCGAUGCUUGACCCCACUCGAGGAACAGGCCUGGCACGUCUUUUUCUCCGAGAUUGGUCAGCGUAUGGGCAUCGAGGAGAUCCCUGUCGAACUGCAGGAGAUGCUCGAUUGGUCCGAGGCGUACGAGGAGGAGAAUAUGCUGCCGAAUGAGAAGAGUUGCAAGGUCGCUGAAGCAACGACGGAUCUGCUCCUGUUCAACGUACCGAACUUUCUCAAGAAUGGGGGACGUAUCGUCGUAUCGACUCUGAUGACGGAUAGGCUGCGUGCGGCGGUCAAGUAAGCAUCCAAUACCGUUCUAGUGAUGUUCAUGGUUCAGGACUGAUCAAUUCGAGAUACUGACCCCCCCGCAGAGCUCCUCAACCUCCCGCUUGGCUCACGUGCUUUGUCCACUCGGCCCUUCACAUGCGCGCAUUCGUCAUCCGUCACCUGUUUCCGCCUCGGCCCGAAUCGAUGGGGUUCAACACUGUUCCUCAUCCCCGAGAAUAUCCCGCUUUCCCGCCCGGCUAUCGACACGAAGCCUCCGCGGACGACGAAAAGCUUUCAAAGUCGGACAAGGCCUCAGAUCGAUACGCCCCGAUGUCCCAUCCUCCUUCGUACAUGAAUGAACCAUGGUAUAUGCCAAUCCCGUCUACGCCUUGGAUGUGGCUACAGAAGGGGUUGAUCAUGAUUGGACUGGCUCAUCCGCGUUCGAUCCCGUCUACGGAGUUUCAGCCGGAGGGUUAUCGUUUGGAGACGAUGGUGCGUUCCAGGCCUACUUUUUUCAUUGCCUCUUGGGGAAUUGUGAGGCUGAUAAAUCCGCGUGCUCUUUUUAUGCCUACAGGGUCCUCGCAAGUACGAAGGCAAAGAAGUGGACGAGGUACGUCGACGAGCCGAGAAGAUUCAAGGGGGCAAAUUGGAAGGCCCCUAUGCGGUCGGCGGAACCCCGCGCGCGCGAUGCCCCUUCGCCAUGUGA